AUGGAGAUAGUGAACGAGCUGCUGUACUACAAGGACUACUCCCAAGAAGCAGACAAGGUGAACGUGGACCUGAAGGAGAGCGACUACGACGAGGAGGACCAGGACCUUCAGGACCAACAAGGACAGGAGAAGCAGCCCAAGAAGGAAGAAGUGAAGCCAAAAGAAGGGAAGAGUGAGAGAAAGAGCGACCCACAGCAAGAACAGAGCAGCCAAGGAAAAGGCGUCUACAAGCCCGAGGACAUCACAGAGUUCACGGAACUGGGCUUCGUGUGGCACUACAACAAAAAGACCCAAGAAUACAGGGUCCACAGAACGGACCAGAAGGGCUCGAAGCCCAUGAACAACACGCCGGUGAAGGGCAAGAAGCUGUGGCAGAAAGUGUGCGAAGUGUACCGCACCUGCCACGUGUGGUUCUCCGACGCCGACGAGAUGGAGCAGUACCUGAAGAAGAAGGAAGACGACAGGAUCCGCGAGACUGUCGAGCAGCAAGUCCAGGAACGCCUUGACCAAGAACGCCAAGAACAGCAAAGUAAGGGAAAGGACCCCUACGCAGCAAAAGGCUGGGACUCCUGGAGCUGGGACGCUGGCUGGGCCAACGAUGCCUGGAACUGGGACAGCCAGUGGGAAGACUCCCAGUGGCAAGACUGGCAGUGGCAAGGCAAAGGAAAGAGCAAAGAUAAGAAGGGCAAGGGACCACCGUCGUGGACCCAGUGA